CACGUGCAUAAUUCCGUCCAAUCAGCAACACGAGAAUCGCAGUUCCAUAACACAACAAGCGCUUCCACAUUAAAUGCAUAUGUAACUUUCAAAGUUCAGAUUCCGGUUGAAGAAUUUUCAGGAUUUCAAGAUGGCUCUUGCCCUGGCUGACAGGGCUAUCGGAGCAAUCAUUGCCUCAGCUGUGGCCGAUGCUGCAGCACAACCACUCCACUGGGUCUAUGACCUGCAGAAGCUGAGUGUGUUACUCUCUGAAAGUCCUCAGCCUGAGUUCCGCCCGGAGUCUGCCAACCCGUUCUACAAGAGGAACACUGGACAGCAGAGCUGCUAUGGAGAUCAAGCAUUUGUUCUCCUGGAGUCCCUGUCUGAGUGUGGAGGUCUGAAUGUGGAAGAUUUGAAGCAGCGCAACUACAAGUUCUUUGGACCAGGAUCUGAAUAUGACACACCAGUCAAUGAUCCUUACAGAGACAAAGGAGCUCCCAGGCCUCAACUACCUAUUGAGGGACCCUGGAGACAAGCAAGCCUUAAGAGCUUUAUUAAAAAUGUGGAUGCAGGCAAAGAAGAGACAGGUUGUGAAACUGAUAAUCAAAUAGAUGGAGUGGCAAAGCUGGCUCCCAUUGUAGCAUGCUAUGCUGGAAAACCAGAGAUGUUGGAGAGGGUUGAGGAAGCCACCCGUGUCACACAAAACAAUGACAUUUGUGUGGCGGUAACUCUCGCUGCUGCUAGGUUUUUGGAGCAUUUCAUCCUGAAUGGUCCUGAUCCCAAGGCCCUGGAUGCAGUGCUGAAACAGCUCAAUGACCCAAACAGACAAAACCCUCAGGAUCUGGACAAAGCUAUAGUUGGACACAUUCAUCAAGUAAAGGACAAUCUGAGCAAGAAACCCAAAGAGCUCAUUCCCACUGUGUUUCCAAACACCUGAGGUUUGCCAGGUGCAUUCCUGGCAGCGCUGCAUGGGGUUCUGACGGCUAGUGGCUAUGAGCAGGCUGUCCGGGACACAAUGAGCUGUGGUGGAUGCACCUCCAGCAGGAGCUCCUUUAUUGGUGCCUGCAUUGGAGCUCAGGUUGGAGUUGAAGGAAUACCAAGUUCUUGGAAAAGCAAGACUUUGCGAUACAACACUUUGUUAGAUCUUGCAAAGAAAGUUGUUCAUCUCCAACAGCUUUAACUUUUUAGUAUGCAAAGUUAAAGGGUUAGUUCAUCCAAAAAUUAAAAUUGUGUCAUUAAUUACUCACAAUUAUGUCAUUCUAAACCCGUAAGACUUUCAUUCAUCUUCUGAACACAAAUGAAGAUCUUUUUGAUGAAAUUUGAGAGCUUUCUCCAUAGACAGCUACGCAACUGAAACUUUGACGAUUCAAAAAGUUCAUAAAUAUCGUAAAACUAAUCCAUUUGAAUGGAGCGGUUUAGUCCAGAUUUUCUGAAGAGACAUGAUUGCUUUAUAUGAUUAACAGAUUGAAUUUAGGCUUUUAUUCAGAUAUAAACAUUCAUCAACACACAGCAGUUGUGGUAAACGGAAGCUUAAUCUUGUUUGCUUUAUAUGCGAGAACCACUGAUCUUCAUUCUCAUGUGUUAUGCAGCAUGUAUGUCAAGCAGGUUCAGUUGAGCUUCUGCUUAUGUUUGCUAUCAUUGUUUAUUUGUGAAUAAAAGCCUAAAUUAAAUCUGUUCAUCACAUAAAUAGAUCGAGUCUCUUCAGAAAAUUUGUCUUGCAGGUUUGAAACAACAUGAGGGUGAGUAGUUAAUGACAGAAUUUUCAUUUUUGGGUGAACUAUCCCUUUAAUACGUGGACAAUAAUUGAUAUGAAUAUAAAAUCAUACGUGUUCUUAUGAUUUUUUGCCUAAAGAUCAUCUUCCAUGGUUGUUGUAAUUUUAAUGAGACAGUUCAUGAAAGUUGUAGCUUAAAAUAUUAAAAAGUUAUAACUUGAUACCUUUGUUUUAUUAAAUAACAAGGCAUGCAGAAAAUGAUAUACUGUGGCAUUAAACCAAUGUUUAAUGAAAA